UCCUCGACCACCACGACUAAACUAUCUGCUAACUACAAACUCACCGCAACAUUCAGUGUCUCCGUAUCCUUUCUCUCUUCAAAUUUAUCUUCUCUCAAUCUCACGCGAUUUCCACUCCUCCUUGCUUAUUUUACUGUUAUUGUUUUGCACCCCUUCCGACCAUUCAUCAUGGAAGAGAUCGCCCCCGAGUAUGAUGUUGUGGUGCUCGGCACUGGGUUGACGGAAUGUGUGCUUUCUGGUGUUCUCAGUGUCAAGGGUAACAAGGUGCUCCACAUUGAUCGCAACGAUCACUACGGAGGAGAAGCUGCUUCCGUGAACAUUGAAACUCUAUUCAAGAAAUACGGCAAUGUCCGCCCCGGCGAAGAACCCUGGAAGAAGUAUGGACGAGUCAACGAUUGGAAUAUUGAUCUGGUCCCAAAGCUGCUGAUGGCAAACGGUGAACUCACAAAUAUUUUGGUUUCUACGGACGUGACGAGAUACCUUGAAUUCAAACAGAUUGCUGGCAGCUAUGUCCAGCAAGGAAAGGGCCCCAAAGCUACUGUGGCCAAGGUGCCAUCGGAUGCUGGUGAAGCUCUACGUUCAUCCCUCAUGGGCAUGUUCGAGAAGAGAAGAGCUAAGAAGUUCCUGGAGUGGGUUGGUGAAUUCAAGGAAGACGACCCCUCUACUCACCAGGGUCUGAACGUCGCUCAGUGCACAAUGAAGGAGGUUUAUGACAAGUUCGGACUCGAGGACAACACCCGCGACUUUGUCGGUCACUCCAUGGCGCUCUAUCCGUCUGAUGAGUACAUCACAACACCUGGCAUGGCCGUCGAGACCAUCCAUCGUAUUCGACUGUACGUCAAUUCCAUGGCCCGGUACGGAAAGUCCCCAUACAUCUACCCUCUCUAUGGUCUGGGUGAGCUCCCCCAGGGAUUUGCUCGUCUGUCUGCCAUUUACGGUGGCACCUACAUGCUCAACACCAGCGUCGACGAGGUUCUAUACGACGAGAGCGGCAAGGUCUCUGGAAUCAAGGCAACCAUGAAGGAUCGCGAGGACAAUAGUGAGGCCAUGAAGUUCACCACCAAGACAAAGAAGAUCAUCGCGGACCCAUCUUACUUCCCUAACAAGGUCCGGGUCACUGGCUAUCUCUUGAAGGCCAUCUGCAUCCUGAAGCACCCCAUUGAAAAGACCGACGGCAGCGAUUCGCUGCAGCUGAUUAUUCCUCAGUCUCAGGUUGGAAGGAAGCACGACAUUUACAUUGCCAUGGUGUCAUCCGCCCACAAUGUCUGUCCCAAGGGCUACUACAUCGCCAUUGUCUCUACUAUUGCUGAGACUGAUGCCAACCACCACCUGGAGCUGGAGCCCGGAUUCGAUCGUCUGGGCCAGAUUGAAGAGAAGUUCUUUGGCCCUCCCAUUCCUCUCUACGAACCUUUGGAGAGCGGCGAGAAGGACAACAUCUUCAUUUCCAAGAGCUACGAUGCUACCUCCCACUUUGAGACGACAACAGACGACGUGCGGGACCUUUACAAGCGGGCCACAGGCGAAGAGCUAGUUGUUGAGGGUCUUCGGGAGGACCAGAGACUUGCGGAGGACUAGAAGUGAGGGUUCUUUAGCCCAGCAUGAAGCUUCAAUAAUAUAGUGUCGUCUGUGGAUGUUGCUGAAUUGGGCAGUAAUAUCUUUUGGAUUCCUGUUCACCAUUGCCAUCCACCAUGAACCAUUAGCAUUCUGGAACGCACACUCGCUCUGUUUCUGGCCGUUUUGACAGGCUGUGGUAGUGCACACCCGGUAUAGGUUGAAUUCAGCAGGGUCUUGCGGGCAAAUUCUUGGUCAUAAUUGCUGUCAAUAGGCUGGAAAUUGAAUUGGUUAUAAUACUUCAGUCUCGCAGUAAGGAGAUUGAUUCUCCUCAGAUCCAAGUUUCAUGGCCCCAGUCUAUCUCUAGCACACCGGAAUUCCGAUGAUAG